AUGGCGGGCGGCCCGCGGUGGCGGGGCGAGGCGGUGCUCCGCGCCGGCCUGGCCGCGCUCCUCUGCGCCCUCCAUGCGCAGGCUGCUUGUCGGGAUGCCGCUGUCACGCAGGAGCUUCUGAAAGAGGGGUUUCACAGGGACCUGCUGGUGAAGGUGGAACUCGGUGUAGUGGGGGAGGAUGCAGGAGGAUGCACGGUGGCAGCUAGAACUCGUCUUCCACCAGGAAUCUACGUGGAUCCCUACGAGCUGGCAUCGCUGCAGCAGCACAAUUUAACAAAGGCAGUGUUAAUUCCUGAUGUAAUUGAUGUGGAGGCUCCCGAGUACGUAGCCACAGAUCUUCUUGUUCUCCUGUAUAUGGAACCCGACCCUCGGUGCUCUCGCUGUUUUAGAGCUGCCUUGCCUGUGCACGGGCGGUACCACCGGCCGGCAGAAGAGAGUGAGGAAGCGUUGGUUGUUCUGAAGAGCCCCGAAAUACUGGUCUGCUGCUGCGAGAAUCGCCUGUCAGCAGAGUGUUGGAAGCCUGCUGAAGUGGAAGCUCCCUGUUCAGGCAAAAACGUCGGCCCUUGUCAGUGGUACAGCGUAACGCACAAACCUGCAUAUGAGGAAUCGAUUUUGCAUGUUCCAGUAGGGCUCAGGCAACAUAGUUCCUUAGUGUGUGUCGUGACUCUUCUUGCCACGGUGCUCUGUUCCAGUCUGAUUCUCGCAGCCGUAUGCAAAUAUGGACACUUCUCCCCGAUGACCUGCUCAGAAUAAAGAAAUAUGGAAUGACUGACCUCCAUCCAGCAAAACUAACUAAAUAUUACAUCAGCUUCCUAAAUGAAUCCUAUUCUACUGUUAUUUAUAUCUUGGUAAUGUGCGAGGGUCCCAUAAUGGGUUAUAGUUCCCUUGGCCGAAUUCUUACAAACACCUUUGACACACCAGAAGACUGUUUCGGUGCGUUGUCAAGAGACAAAGCAGAUGGAGGGCAGGAAUAGUGCUGCAAAAAGCUGGAAGGACUGCCGCAGUUUUGGUUCCGAUUCCCUCCCCCUGGCCCAGAGCCUGCUUCGAUGACAGUGCUGCUUCUUGCAGAGGUGUUUGUAUUUCUUGAAUUUAAACCAAUGGACUCAGGGAUUGGUUAUUAAGGGUAUGAAAAACAUUAGCUUGUCAUUAAAGUUUCUGAA